AUGAAGAAAAGGGGGAUUAUUAAAAGUAAGAUUGUGCCAAUGGAUACAAUUGUUUCAUCGCCAGAGGAGAGCACUUCAGAUGAAGAGAUAAAAAUUACAAGAAAUGCACAAAACACUCGUCAAAACAAUGAAGGUUUUGCUUCACGGUCCGCGUCGACGACUGACAUUCACCAACUUGAGGAAAAAAUGAGGCGGAAACUGCAGUUUUUCUUUAUGAAUCCGAUAGAGAAAUGGAGAGCGAAGCGCAAAUUCCCUUACAAGUUCGUCGUUCAAGUGAUCAAAAUAGUCUUGGUAACUCUCCAAUUAUGCCUCUUUGCCCACAACAGAUACAAUCAUGUCAAUUACACUUGGGAUAACCGCAUCAGCUUUUCACACCUGUUCCUGCUAGGAUGGGACUCAACUCGCGAAAUAAAUGCCUACCCCCCAGGUGCAGGGCCACUUGCUGUGUAUAAACUUGACGAGUUCUAUAAUACCCUAGAUUAUGCCUACAAUGGUUAUGCAAAUUUGUCCAAUGCCAUUGGCCCAUAUUCAUAUGAUAAUGAACAUAAUAUCAUGAUGGAUCCUAUUUUCUGUCAAUAUAAUUAUAAAAAAGGUAUCAUCAAUGGAUUUAAUGAAAGUUACGAGUUCAAUUCUGAAAUUAUCAAAAACUGUACUAAUUUUACUAGCCCUGCAGGUAAAUUUAUGUCUAGGCAGUUUUUGAAAGAUGCUCAGUUUGAUAUUAACUUUGCAGCACUUGUUCGAGCUGAAUUGAAGUUUUCUUUAAAAACUAUAAAUUUCCGAGCAGCCGGUCCAAUUACUCCACCUGACUGCUAUAGGUUUGAUGUUGCUAUAGUCUUUGACAAUGAGGAUCAUGAUGGUCAAAUGUCAGUCACCUUAGAAGCUGAACCCUAUAAGCUCGUCUGCCAAGGUGAUCAAGACUACAUUACGGACAACCAAAUAGACCAAAUCCUUCGAAGUAUCCUCAAUAUCCUAGUUAUUUUGAUCUGCAGUGCAUCACUAAUUUUGUGUAGUCGUGCUAUUUACAGAGCUCAACUUUUGAAGGAGCUUACAAAUCAAUUCUUUUUAAAAACAUAUGACAGGCCUCUUAGUUUAGACGGACGUUUGGAAUUCCUCAAUAUUUGGUAUAUAAUGAUUAUUGUCAAUGAUAUACUUAUAAUCAUGGGCUCAGCUAUUAAAGAGCAAAUUGAACGGAAUCAGUUUACUAACGACCAAUGGAAUGUUUGCUCAUUGUUCUUGGGCACAGGUAACUUGCUCGUUUGGUUUGGUGUGUUGAGAUACCUUGGUUUCUUUAAAACAUACAAUGUCGUCAUAUUAACUUUAAAAAAGGCUGCACCGAAGAUAUUCAGAUUCUCGUGCUGCGCGCUAUUACUGUAUGCCGGUUUUAUGUUCUGCGGUUGGCUCAUACUGGGGCCUUACCAUAUGAAGUUCCGUUCUUUAGCCACGACAUCUGAAUGUCUCUUCUCCUUAAUCAACGGUGACGAUAUGUUUGCUACGUUCUCAAUAAUGUCAAGAAAAUCUCCAAUGCUGUGGUGGUUCAGCAGAGUAUAUUUGUACUCGUUCAUAAGUCUGUACAUAUAUGUUGUACUCAGUUUGUUUAUUUCCGUUAUCAUGGACGCGUACGAUACGAUCAAGCAAUAUUAUAAGGAAGGCUUCCCGAAGAGUGAUCUACAACAAUUUAUAGGCGAGGCUAGCUUCGAGGAAGUCUCGUCGGGGAUUUACAGAACCCAUAGUUCUUCGUCUUUGAACGCGUUCAUGAACUCAUUGUUCUGCUGCAAUGUGUACAGAAGUGCUUAUUCGAAAAUAGGUGGCAAUUCGACACUCAAUAUGUUAUAG